CUGCCGGUACGUUAAUUAGUUUUUUGCUCCCGUGGUGCGAACAUAGCAAAACUCCGAACGCCUUUCCGCUUUUUCACUGUCACCAUCGCUUUGUUUCAUCGCAACUUGCUAACGAAAACAAUGUAUUGGAAAACUAUUAUUCGUCAAAUCUGAAAAUGAAUGUACUUUGCCAGUGGGACUUAAAGGCGUUCUAAAAUGUUGUGGUAAACGAGUUCGUUUUAAUUAUUGGGACAAAAAACCUUUGCAAAGAAACCCCACGAUGAAUAACACAAGCGACGACUACCUUAAUUGCCGAGGAAACAUGAGCAAUGCUUCCAUGAUUUUGUUCGUGAUUUUGAAUUUUUUUUCGGGGCUGGCAGCGUUCUCGGGAAAUACACUGGUGCUUGUUGCUGUGUAUUAUCUUCGAGGUCACAGAAAACCCUCGCAUUACUUCCUCGCAUCGUUGGCAGUGGCCGAUCUAAGCGUUGGCGUGAUCAUGAAUCCUGUACUUGCUAGCAAAGCAGUGCUGUCGAUCUGGCAAGGCGAACACUGGUUAUCAAAAACAGCGGACUUUAUGUGGCUUCAGACGACCACAGCGACUGCUUUAAGCCUUUGUGCUGUGAGCUAUGAUCGCUACGCAGCGAUCCGAGGGGUGUUUAGCUAUCAAAGCCUGCUAACGAGACCUCGAGCAAUACUCAUCAUUCUAACUAUUUGGUUGUUCUCGAUACUCAUUGGCACGUCGAGACUUUUCGUACGCAACCCGAACGCGCACUCUGUUUUGUGGAUCUCCUCAACACUUCUUACCGUCAUUAUACCAUUAUUACUUAUCGCUUAUUGUUAUACUAAGAUCUAUACCGCAGCCAAGAUACAGAGGCAGAAAAUCGCCGAAAACGCGCUCACACGAAAACAAACCCGCAACUCGCUUAAAAACAAAAAGGCUGCAUACACAGUUGGGAUUGUGAUAGGUGUUUUUGUGGUGUUAUGGAUUCCGAGUUUUGCCGCGUCAGUAGCGGAGAUGAUUGUCCCACAUGGGAGCGAUAUGCGACUGAGGAUAGAUCACGCCUGGUUCUGGAUUGCGCUGCUCGCUUACAGCUCUUCUGGCGCCAACCCUUGGAUCUAUUCGAUACGCAUGCGCGAGUUUCGGUCGGUCCUCAGGCGGAAAGUGCUGGCGCGUCACCCGCUCAGUCGGUAUCACGUGACCGGUAAUGCGAUGGCGAGGAAUGGCUCUACUCGGUCAGAGUUCGAGUCAACGGGAUAGUACCACUCGCUAGGGAAAAGGGCGAGCUGCCUCGCUCUAAUAGCAGUACCACUCACUAGGGGAGAGGGCGGGCUGUCUCUUUCUAAUAGUACCACUCACUAUGGGAGAGGGCGAGUUGUCUCGUGCUAAUAGUACCACUCACUAGGGGAGAGGGCGGGCUGUCUCUUUCUAAUAGAUCCACUCACUAGGUAAGAGGAUGAACUGUCUCUUGCUAUAAAUAGUACCACUCACUAGGAGAGAGGACGAGCUGUUUCGUGA